AUGUAUGACCAACAGCUUCUUUUGGUCAUUGUGACCAUAUGUGCCACAAGCAUAAACAGUCAGUUCUAUUCGGGGAGUGCAGGACAUGGAGGAACCUACCAAGGCAGUUUUGGGUACCCGAGGUCAGGUAAUAGCUACCCAGAAGCAGGGGGAUACUAUGCUGACGCAUGGACUGGUUUUCCUACAGGUCAUAUGCAAAGGAUUCGGCGAUCAGUUGUUGACACCACCAGACGAGUUGAAAAGGUUACAGACCAAGUGUAUGUGGCCAUGGGUGGUAAGGCGCUGGGGAACUCCAUCAUGAUAAUAGCACCUGAUGGUCUGAUCAUAGUGGACACUUCCGACAGUCAUCAAGCUGCCAGCCUGAUGCUAGAAGACUUUCGGAACAUCACUUCAGCCCCUGUGAAGGCCAUCAUCUAUACCCAUCACCAUAUGGAUCACACUGGAGGUGCCACUGCCUUUAUUGAAAAUUCAACUGCGACCCCGGAUAUUUGGGCUUACAAGGAUCUUCCAAGCGAUUUGGAGUCCUACUUCGCGUAUGCUUCCAGAGCACGAUAUGCCAGGACUAUGCGCCAGUUUGGUGUGUUCGUCAAUGGAAGUCAGAACUCAAUCGAUUUCGGGAAAGAAGGGACCACAUUUGGAUUCGUUUACCCCAACAAAUUUCUGAAAGACACGGAAAUGGACGUCGUUAUCGCAGGAUUGAAAGUGCGGCUUGUGAGAGUUGAAGGCGAAACUUCAGACCAUAUGGGCGUAUAUAUCCCAGAAUGGAACAUGUUCAUGUGCGGCGAUACGUUCUACAAUGCCUUUCCCAACAUCUAUACAAUCCGAGGGGCAAAGGUGCGGGAUGCCAAGGCUUGGUAUAAAUCUCUAGACUACAUCAUUGAUUUGAAUUUGACAUACCUAGUACCAAGUCACAGGUCUGCAAUAACUGGACAACAAACCAUUAUGGACAUGCUUAUCCCUCACAGAGACGGCAUCCAAUUCAUUCAUGACCAGACCCUCCGCUACAUCAACAAGGGACUCACGCCAGAAGAAGUCGUUCGCAAAGUAAAACUCCCGCCAUCCCUAGCCAAUGUUUCUACAUUGCGAGAAGAGUACGGUAUGGUAGGAUGGUCUGUCAAAGGGGUCUUCCAAAUGUAUUUAGGCUGGUUUAGUGGUGACCCUAAAGACCUCUUUCCCCUCACAACAGGCGAAAAGGCACAACAUAUGGCCGAUCUGGCUGGUGGUGUGAAUAACCUGGUCACAGCUGCUCGGGCAGCAGUUGACAAGGGAAAUGCACAGUGGGCUCUAGAACUAGCCUCUUAUGCACUUGCACUGAACGCGUCUGACGAUACGGCAAUGAAAGUGAAAGUUGACAGUCUGAAUGCUAUUGCCGACCAACAAAUAAACACGAACGCAAUUAACUAUCUGAGAACAUCCGUCCUCGAGACGAUGGGACAGCUGGAUCUUUUCGAUCAGAGCGCUAUCACCACCGACCAUAUCAACUCAUUAGACGUCAGACAUAUAUUUGAUAUAUUGCCGUCAGCAUUCAUGCCAGAAGUCUGCGAAAACGAAAAGUUCACAAUUCUGUUGAAUUUUACAGAUACGGGGAGAAUACUCUCUCUCCAGAAUCGCAAUUCUGUUUUAGUCGUGAGGGAAGACAAAGUUCCAGAAGCUUACACUCUCAAAAUGGACAUCACUGAAAAUCGAUUCAAAAAGUUUGUUAUGACGAGGAUCAACCAAGGCCAAACCCCACAUAUUCUGUUCAAAAGUUAUGGAUUCCGGUUACUGCAAAAAUGUUUUGACCUUAGAAAAAUGUAA